UUAUUGUGAUGUUUUAAAAGGUGAUUCAGAUGCAUCGAGUGAUAGUUAAGUGGAGCACAGUGAUACAAGGAUUCGCAACUGAUAAUCACGAUCAAAAUUGAAAAUUAAUCAGUGGCCUUCGACACAGUGCCCAAGUAGUUCGAAACAGUUCACGAUUAGAAAUUAUCCUCUUUCCUUGCAUUAUCAGAGAUUAAAUGUGAGAUCGAAAAAUUCGCGGCGAGAAUUAUUUUUACGGCGAGGUGAAUCUCGAAACAAGAUUAAACGAGAUCUUCCGGAAUCUUCCGUGAUCAGCGGUGAAAGUAAAUUUAUGCUUCGAUCUAUUCGUGAUAGAAUCAUCUCAGUGUUUGUUGCAGUCAACAAAUGACGAAGUUAUUGUUAUCGUGACAGUGAUUCAUUCCUUUCUCUAUUUAGAAAAUGAAAAUGCUAUUCUAUUUUCUUUAAGUUUUAAAACCAUUUAAUACCAAACGUGAUCUUUCUCUUUUACAACCUUAAGAACCUUAAAAGCUCCUCCGCCUUAAUUUUUCUACUUUCACAUUGAUUCUUCGAAAAGGCCUCAUAAAUCACCUACCUACAACCUACAUCGAAGAAGAAAAUGACCGUGGUUAUGGAAAGAACGAAUACUAUCAUUACGUGGCCAUCGCGAUUGAAGAUCGGGGCAAAGUCGAAGAAAGAUCCGCAUAUAAAAGUCGCAGGACGAUUAGAUGACGUACGAGCAGCGAAAGAGAAGAUAAUGGAAGUUUUGGACACACGGCAAAGUAACAGAGUGACCAUGAAGUUGGACGUUAGUUACACUGACCAUUCACAUAUCAUCGGCAAGGGUGGUCUGACGAUUAAGCGAGUGAUGGAGGAAACUAGCUGUCAUAUCCAUUUCCCAGAUAGUAACCGUAGCAAUCACCAGGAUAAGAGCAAUCAAGUCUCUAUCGCUGGUGAGAUGGAGAGCGUUGAACGUGCCCGCGCACGUGUUAGGAAUCUGACACCUCUGAUCUUUUCGUUCGAAUUGCCUAUAAUGGGUGCAUCGCAAAAUACGCCAGACUGCAGUUCACCCUACGUCGUAAAGAUACAGGAGAAGUACAAUGUGCAAGUGAUGUUUCGCACGAGACCGAAGCUACACGCCACCCAAGUGGUCGUUAAGGGAUGUGAAUGGGAGGUUUCUCAAGUCAAGGAGGCGACAGUUCUGUUAAUCCGUUAUAUGUGUAAAAAUCUAGCUAGUCAAAUCCAAGUACAAAUGUCGAUGGAGAUCUCACCCCAACAUCAUAGCAUCGUGCUAGGGAAACAGAGCAGCAAUUUGAAAAUGAUAAUGCAGCGUACCGCCACGCAAAUUAUGUUUCCCGAUGCUGGCGAUCCGAAUAUACCCAGUCUCAAAAAAAGCAAUGUCACAAUUACUGGCGCUAUUCAUAAUGUUUACUUGGCUCGGCAACAAUUAGUGGGAUCAUUACCAUUAGUACUCAUGUUUGACCUACCGGAGGAUUCUAUAUCCGCUACCGUAGACACUGAAAAGAUCUCUCAACUUAUGCAAUCUUUAGAUGUGUUUAUCAACGUUCGGCAUAAGCCGAAACAAAGCACGCUUUCCGUGAUUAUUAAGGGGAUUGAGAGAAAUGCCGGUAAUAUUUACGAAGCGCGAAAACAACUGUUGGGACUGGACGAACCCAGAGUUCAUGCCGAGAUACCGGCUACAUAUCACAUUCCGAACGCCGGCAGUAUUUUCCAAAGUAAUAAUAGUAACGAUAUCAGCAACAACAACAAUAUGAUCAAUAAUGUGACAGAUAAUUUUUCGAGCAUGUUGAAUGUAAACACGCAAAAUCCAUCGUAUUGCAUGUCGCCAAUUCCGCACUCGCCGAAUUCCAUGGGACUAUCGUCGCACUGGGGCCUUGCUGCACAUUAUGUUCCAUCCAUGUGUGCGUAUUCUCCUUACCCUCAUUUGAACCACUUGCUGACAACGCAGCACAUGUUGCACAACAAUAUAAUGGGAACUUCUCAUGGAUUAUCGAAUCAUAUGUUACCUCCUGGUAUUGGAACUUAUCACUCUAAUAGUGUAUCGAGCAAUUUUUCUAAUAUCCACGGUCUCAACGCUAAUUUGACGGAUAGUAAAGAAGGUGGCAGUGCUUAUUCCUCGCUAAGUAGCGUCUCUAGCUCUCUAUCAAGUCCUGCUAUCAGUCCUCGGAAUGUUUCACCAGUCAACCCUACGGAUACUAAUUCUAAUUUACCGGAUAUAUCCAGCAUGUUAUCCGAAAUACCGGUCUCCGAUCGACGUGCACCUGGUUGCGAGAAAAAAUCACUGGAGAUAGCUGCACAGCAACAUCUAACCCCUUUCGAUUAUGAACAAAAGAAGCUAUUAGCCACGAAGGCGGUGCAAAACAAGUCGAGUAACAACGACUUUCGCGUACCGACGUCCGCGUGGUCUGGUUAUGGCCUCAGCCAGAGUAUUCCGCCUAUAACUACAAGUGACUUAAGCAAGGAGCUGACGUCACAUCCUUCAGACUUGUGGAAAGAACCGACCACACCGGUAUUCAAUACCGAGAUGGAUUUCGGUAAUAUUAUCUCGAGCAAAGAUCGCGUUGGACAAAUAGGGAUGGCCUCAAAUUAUAUAGAUCACACAUCGACUUCCCAAUUAAACAAAAUCACGUCGUCGCAUCGUUUCAAUGAUUUGGCUACCAUGUUAGCCAGCAUCGGCUUGGAAAAAUAUAUACGCCUGUUCACGUCUCACGAAGUGGACAUGUCUACAUUUCAUUCUCUGACAGAGAAAGAUCUCUGCGAAAUCGGGAUUACUGCAUGGGGUGCGAGACGCAAAAUAUUGCUAUUAAUAUCUGAUAUGAACAAACGAACGAGUCCGUUCUCUGGGAGCGCCGCGCCUGGCGCCGAACGAAAGGCGUCCACGUUGUCGGCAUCGACAGAUAAGUGCAACCUGGAUACUAAAUGGUAAAAAAAUACUGAUCGCUAUUCGUUCCAAACGGCGUAUCAACGUUCUCGAAACCGAUUGGAGAUGCCGCGUGUCGGUCAAAAUAAUAAGUACUUAUUAAUUCUAACCAUGCGCGGACGCGCAUAAUUACGAGUAACGUUACGCCGUUAUAUCGGAGGGAACGAACGAGAUUGAUGAAAACCGAAAGGACUAUUUGGUUAUCUGUACCGCAAAUAGACAAAUGCGAGAUCGAUAGUCAAACGGUUUGUAUGUCAAACGGUUUAUUGAUUUGAAGCUACUUAAGUAUCGAAAAAGUAAUUAGGAAGUUAUUUUUGUGGCCGGGAACUGGCUGUAUUCUUUUUUUUCCUCAUUUUUUUUUCGCCGUUCUCGGCGCGCGCCCAAAAGGUGCCUUAGGAUCUAGGAUAGUCGUUAAUAUUUUCGCUGUCUUCGUUUGUUACACAAUUAUCCGAUCACGAUGGAUGCGUCAUUAUUAUUUCAUCUUGCUAAAGUCGAAUUAUUUCGAAUAUUUAUCGAAUCUUAUAUUGAUUCCGCGAUUUAAAUUAACGUUUCUAAAUAAGCGUGCCAGUUGCUGGCAAAAAAGCCAUCAAAUAAAUUACAUUUAUAAUGUUCGCGAAAUGAAGUGCGCGUUCCACUCGUUAUAUCAUAUGAUGAUUCGCUUGAUGAACGGAUGAUUGGUAACUGCGAGUGAAUGCAUGUAUAAGUGUAUAGCGAGUAUGUGAAAUGUGAAGUGGGUAUAGAUGUUUUGAAUGAAAUCUAAACAAAUUAGGAAGAAUUAUUACAGUUCAGGAACUUAGAAUGAAAUGCGAUGGGCGAGGGAUGUCCCGUGUGUUCAGCGAAUUUUCGUCCUAGCAAAAAUUCACACAUACCUUUAAUUCAGACUAAGCUCGAAUAUGUGAUCGUAUGUGUUCAAUAUGUUGAUCAAUAUGUUGGUCAAUACGUUGAUUAACAUGUUAAUUUAAAUUUCAAAAUUUUGUUAAUCGACCAGCAUUAAUGAACGAUUCGACAUUGCGCAAUAAUUAAAUGCGAUUUAUAAUAGAUUCACACGGUUGCAAUUUCGAGUUUUAUACGAAGCAAGUAUAUAUAUAUAAGUUACAAAAUAUUUAUUAAUUAUUUCGCGAAACACGCUGGACGCACGUCAAAGAAUAGGCCGCAAGAACUUUUCGUGUAAAGCGUGUAUUGAAAAAGAAGAUAUAUAAUAAUAUAAAAUAAAUUCUAUAUAGCGAAAAAUAUUCCGCGAAUUACUCUCCGCGUACCACAAACGAUACUUUUCGAGGAGCUGAUUGAAAAAAGAUAUCGAUAGCUAAGUAUUCAAUUCGCGAUGACAAUCGUUGUGUUAAUUAGGGAACUUUCGUUAAUUAGCUCUAAACUAGCGCUAAACUAGCGUUAAACUAGCUCUAAACUUGGCAAAAUCAAGAGAACGAUACACAAUUAAUAGUGAAGAAUUAUGCAUAUAAAAACUAUAUAAUAUA